CGGGUCGGUCGCUCCUCAGCGUACCCGGGGCCCCUGGCGUUUUGUAGCCGGUGUCCUUGUCCCGAGAGGAGUCUGGCCCUAUCCUCGAAACUGGAAUCUAGGACAAAAGCGACGUCGGGAUGUAGCGGCCCAGGCGCUCCCGGGGUCCUGUUCCGUACAGCAACAUGGCUGCGCCCAUGGACUAAGGAAGCGAGGGUUUCCUUUGACUUUGUAAGGAGGACCAGGUUUACAUGAGUGCUGUUUCCAUGGGGAGAGUCUAGGAGGCAGCGUGACCUUUUCUGACGGCCACUCACCCUUUAAGGACCAAGUGACUUGAAUACUUGGAUGAUGUGGACGAGUGCCUCAAUCCGAGGACCAAAACAGGACCAUGGAGGACAAUGGAAGAAAGGAGGAUCAAACCGGGAUUCCAGAUCCAUCACUCUAAAAGCAUCUUUGGCCAAGUUGGCUGAACAAUUUGAAUGACCAACUCUAAAAUUAAAAGACAUUUAAAGUAUUGCAUUUUUCCUUAGAGGUGCUAUGUAUGUCUGCAUAUCAAACAUACUUGUGCGUAUGAAGUACAUCAUUGAAAUAUAGGACAUUAAAAACCUGAUUUUAAAAGUUCUUUUUGUUUGUUGUUGUUGUUGUUUCAGCACUGGGUGUCAAGCCCAGCACCCCCACACUGAGCUACGCUCCAAGCCCUACUUCUGACUCUUGAUUCUCAGUUCUUUUUUUUCCUUUUAAGUAUGUCUGUGGUACACCAUUUGCCACCUGGGUGGUUACUGGAUCAUCUUUCUUUCAUUAACAAGGUCAACUAUCAACUUCACCAGCAUCCAGAGCCUUCCUGCAGUAAAAAGAAGCCCACCUCUCCUGUCUGCCUGGAUUCUCGUCCGAUGGAAGCCAUGUCUCCUUUUGGGGCUCCUGCUGCGGGCUUUGCUCCAGACUCCACUACUGUGCCAGGCAGUGAGGACGGAGGAAGUUGUGAAAUGAUCACCCAGAAAUACGUUUUCCGACCUGAACUGUUUAAUGUCACCAAACCUCACAUAACUUCAGCUGUUCGCAAAGAAUGCCAACAAAACAACAACCACGAGAAUUUAGUGGCUGGUAAUAAACAAGAAGUCUCCAUUUCUAUUGGGAAGAAACGUAAAAGAUGUCUGGUUUUCAAUCAAGGUGAAUUGGAUGCCAUAGAAUAUCAUACAAAGAUCAGAGAGCUGAUUUUGGGUGGAUCUUCACAGUUAAUCCAAGAAGGUCUCAAAAGUGGUUUUCUUUAUCCACUUGUUGAAAAACAGGAUGGCAAUAGUGGCCACACCGCUUUACCACUUGAUGCUUGCAAUUUGUCAGAAUUCUGUGAGAUGGCAAAGCAGUGGCCUGCCUUGAAUGAAAUGGAGCUUCAGAUGCUACGGUUGCCGGAAGACGACAUGUCUGUUACAGAGCUGGAUUUAUCUUCACAGGUCAUUGAAAACGGCUCUAGCUUUUCCAAAAUGAUUACUUUAAUGGGGCAGAAGUACCUGCUACCACCAAAAAGCACCUUUCUUUUAUCUGACAUUUCUUGUAUGCAGCCGCUCCUGAACUGCGGUAAGACAUUUGAUGUCAUUGUGAUUGAUCCACCGUGGGAGAACAAAUCGGUUAAAAGAAGUAACAGGUACAGUUGCUUAUCACCACAGCAGAUAAAGCAAAUGCCUGUUCCUAAGCUGGCUGCUGCCGACUGUCUGGUUGUUACGUGGGUGACCAACAGGCAGAAGCACCUGUGUUUUGUGAAGGAGGAACUCUAUCCUUCGUGGUCUGUGGAAGUCGUUGCGGAAUGGUACUGGGUAAAAAUCACACAUUCAGGGGAGUUUGUGUUCCCACUGGAUUCCCCACACAAAAAGCCUUAUGAGUGUCUUGUACUGGGGAGAGUUCGAGAAAAAGCUGCCUUAGCAUUAAGGAACACAGAUGUAGAAGUGCCCCCUGUUCCAGAUCAGAAACUGAUUGUCAGUGUACCCUGCAUUCUUCACUCACAUAAGCCACCUCUGGCCGAAGUACUGAAGGACUACAUUAAGCCAGGUGGGCAGUGUUUGGAAUUGUUUGCUCGAAAUUUACAGCCAGGUUGGAUGAGUUGGGGCAACGAGGUCCUCAAGUUUCAGCACGUGGAUUACUUCAUUGCUCUGGAGUCCGGAAGCUGACUGUAAAAGUUGUGCUGCCUUUUACUCCAGCUCCUUCAGACUCAUUUCUCCUUGUACCAGGCGGUGUGCUUAGACAUGUGGACUUUAUACCAAUCAAUGUGCUUAGAAAUGGACCUAGACUUUGGCUUUUCAACCAGUGAUUGUCCUUCCUGUAUUUUGAGAUGAGUUCUACUUCACUUGCACUAAUAUCCCACACCGUUGUGGAUUCUCUACAAUUAAAGAGGUAAGCGGUUAGGAGAACGACCUGCCUCUGCUACUGAACUAAUUCAGAAAGCAUGUACUGUGGACUCCAGGUCACGAGCUUGUCUAUGGAUAUUGUUUAUUUGGUGGUAUUAAAAAAUAAAUGGAAGCCUCAUUCUGGAAAGAAUCAGAAAAGAUUACCCGAGUCCAGAUGUCUGCACGUGUUUAAACAUCAGAAACUCCAGCUCCAUUGGAGCCUGUGUCCUUGGGUGGCAUCAGCUUGCAGUACCCAGUGGUGACAGCUCAAUUGGGGAAGGCCAUGUGCUCUCCAGUUUCCCAGUGUGUAGCUUCUGCCACAUUGCUUCCCUGUGUUAGCUCUGUGGCUCCUAUUUGGCCUGAAUUUGCAGCCUCUGCUAUAUAAGAAAAGCGCUGGCCAGGUAGUUGGUGUCCGUAUGUGCUGAAUAGUUUGGACAGUUUGGAAUGUUUCCAUUGUAUUUAGGGUCACUGUUUAAGCACUUCUUUAUUUUUGCCUUUUUCUAGAAGACAACUUAAGAUAUUUCUUUUCUUUCUUUUUUUUUUAAAAAAGAUUUAUUUAUUUGUUAUGUAUACAGAAGAGGGAGCCAGAUCUCAUUACAGAUAGUUGUGAGCCACCCGUGGUUGCUGGGAAUUGAACUCAGGACCUCUGGAAGAACAGUCAGUGCUCUUAACCUCUGAGCCAUCUCUCCAGCCCAAGAUAUUUGUUGUAGGAUGUCAAGAAGUAAACACCGCUUACAGUUUUUAGAUUAUAGAUUUUACACAAAUAAAUAUUUUUCUACCAAGGUAUUUUUCUUUUUCUUUUUUUUUUUUUCUUUAGUGCUGAGGCCUGAAUCCAGGGCUCUACAUAUGGUAUGCAGAUGUUUUGCCAUUAAGCUAAACCUCCAGACUUGAAAAGCAUCUGUCUGUCUAUCUAUCUAUCUAUCUAUCUAUCUAUCUAUCUAUCUAUCUAUCUAUCUAUCUUUCUUGGUUUAUUGAGAUAGGGCUUCUCUGUGUAACAGCUCUGACUGUUCUGGAACUCACUCUGUAGACCAGGCUGGCCUCGAACUUACAGAGAUCCGCCUGCUCUGCCUCCCAAGUGCUGGGAUUAAAGGUAUGUGCCACCACUGCCCGGCUUCUAAAAUGUUUUCAUUGAAAGGAUUCUUUGAAAAGCAUGUUGAUAAUAUGUACUCAAAAAUUAUACAUUUUUUAAUUGAAAAAAUUUUUUAUAUAAUAUAUUCUCAUCAUGGUUUCCUCUCCCCAACUCCUCUCAUAUCCUCCUUACCUCUCCAUCUAUCCAACUCCCUGCUCUUUUUUUCCCUUUCUUUAAAAAAAAACGAAUAAUAGAAUCCACUAGUUUCCAUUGUGGAGUGAGUUUUACAUCAUACACAGUUGUCCACAUUAUGGUCCUUUGCAAUGCGUCCCUUCCUUUCAUCUCGAUCCCUGGCAAACAGUGAUUUGUUUUCUCACAUUAGUUUUUAGACAUUCGUAGACAUGGAAUCAUGUGGAGAAACAGUGUGUCUGGUUUCUUUCGCUUAGCGUUUAGGAAAAGCAUUGGCACUAUUUAUAAAUUGCUCACUGUUUACUUAGGAAAUGGUUAGACUGAAAUUACUUUGACAAGCUUGCUUAGUUUACUCACCAAUCUCAUCGGAAAUUAUUUUUGAGGUUUGUUCAUCUUUUGAGGGUGUAAGGCUAACAUCAGAAACUUAAUUUUGUGUUUGUAGGUGUAGCCUGACUUGUUACUUAAAUGGGAAAAGGCAUUAAACUUGAAGCAAGUUUUUAAGGAUUUCAUUUGAAAUUAUUUGCAGCUUCAUGUAUUUAUAGCUUUUUUUGUGUAGUUUGUGGAAGCAUUUUAUUAUUAGCAUGAUUUUGGAAUUUCUUUUUCAUCAUGAAUAUUGGUCCUGAAAGAGAAAGAUAAUUUUCACUCAAUGAGCCCUGUACUCAACUGGCAGGGGUUAAAGUGUUAGCUCUAACUCUUAAGUUCUGUCACCCCUGGGUCUCAUUCCUAAGCUUCCUUAUUAGGAUCUUUGUGGAUAGAAGGGUGACUGCAGAGUUUACAGUGGCAUGCCUUCCAUGCCCCAUGAGAACAAGUGUGUAGCAAGGACACCGCUCUUGCCAUUGUUAAACUCACUUUUAGCCAGCUGACCUGAUAAACUUAUUUUGAGAUUGUUUUUCAUAAAGGGCUUUAUAUAUUACUUUGUAACUUCUCACUGGCAGUGGUGGUACAUACCUGGAUCACUAGCACUUGGGAGGUAAUUGGAAAUACAGUGUCAUCUUCAGCUAUACAGUGAGUUCAAAACUAGCCUGGACUGUGGAAAACCCUCUCUGAAAACAAAAUAAAAUAUCAAACCCCAAAACAUCAACAACAGUAAAACCGUCAACAAACCAACUAACCCAGCAACACAAACAAGAAGGCUUUGUAACUUCUAAGAAUUCUUUGGGCUUUCAGUGACCUGUCAUAGUUUGUUUAUAGGUUCAAGAUCCUUUGGGACUUUGUAAUAACACCUGUAUUGAAGGCUGGGUGUCGUGGCGCACACCUUUAGUCCCAGCACUCAGGAGGCAGAGGCAGGAGGAUCUCUGAAUUCAAGGCCAGCCUGGUCUACAAAUGAGUUCCAGGACAGCCAGGGCUACACAGAGAAACACUGUCUUGAAAAACCAACCAAAACAGCCUGGGCUGAAGGGUGGAGCUAACAUUAACUGAAUAGUAUGGUUUUCCUCUGUUUCACAUGUUUUACUGCAUCUUCUCCUUUUAUAGCUCUGGGAGAUAGCUACUGUCUGCAUUUGUUGGUUGGCAGAAGUAAAGCUGAGGGGACCAUUUUAUCUGUAAACCCAGAAUCAAGUAGAGAACAGAUGGACCGCCCAUGCCGUAGUCCAUGUAAGAGCACUGAACACCAAACAGAUGACCAAGGGUGUCUGAAACGGUUUCAUUGCCCUCUGCACCUAUGAAGUUUUGUUUGAUUUUGGACUCAGAAGAGACUGUAGAUUCACAGUUGAUCAUAAGCCACCCACAUGAAACCUCCCUGCUAACUCAAGAAACUCAGAUCCUUGGAUGUCCUGUUGAUUCUUACACUCCCUGUAGGGCUCAUUGGAGUAGUAACCACCUUUCGGGGAAAUCAUCCAGCCCCUCCCUGCCCCCCUGUGUGUGUGUGUGCACGUGCAUGUGCGUCUGCGCAUGGAGGCCAGACCAACCUUGGCUUUUGUCUCUUAGGUGCCGUCUUCCUCUUCCUGUGACAGGGUCUCUCACUGUCCUGGAAAUUACCAAGUAGGCUAGGCUGACUGGCCAGCAAGCUCCAGGGAUUUCCCUGCUCUGCCUCCCCUCUUCCCCACCCCCACCCCCCAGUGUACCACUGGUCUGUCACAUCCCGGAAGUACCAGAGCACUGUGUGCCUAGUUCCCUGAUUACUAGUCACCUUGCUUUAUCCCCAGUACAUGCUUGUGAAGAUACAGCCAAAAUGAGGGAGUAGGACCUCAGGCUGAUUUGUAUGGCUAGAGACUUAAGACUUGAAUUCUAUUUGAGUUCCUUACUGAAGGUACUUGAUGUGGUACCCAUUUGCUUAUUUGGGUUCAUUUUCAACUUUUAAAAUUCUUGUUUGAGUGUCUUGCUUGCAUGUGUGGAUGUGUACCAUACAUGUGCUUGGUGUUAUCGAAGGCCAGAGGAGAAUGUUGGAUCCCCUGGAACUGGAGUUACAGGUGGUUGUGAGCUGCCACAUGGGUGCUGGAAGUUGAACAGCAAGUAUUCUUAACCACGGAACCUUCUCUCCAUCCCUGAACCUGAGAUUUUAAAAGUGACAGUCUCAUUAGUUCCUGAUCAGAGGGCUCAUUGGGUAGCCUGGGGUGUGUUUAGAAUGUUUCCUAUAUUAACACAGAAACAUACCUUUUUCAAUAUGCCAUAGCAUCAGUCUUCUUAGUUCCUGACACAAUGUUUCUUGUUAAAUUUUACUGGUGAACUGAUAACUUGAGAAAGAUUUAAAAUCUAAUGGGCUACUAAAUGUGUUGGCUAAGCCAUUAACAUUACCAUGAGGUUGUACUUAUCCACGCAGUCACAUUUUAAGGACGUUCUAAAUAACACUGAGUACAGAUAGUUAAAGGGGGAGAUUCCAUAACCUAAGGAUGCUAAAAAUGACUGAUGUUGUCUGUUAUCUUUGUCUGGAUAUAUGAACCAACUCAAAACUCCACAUUCUGUUACCAGUCUGCUCCAGUUUGAUAACAAGCCAGAACUAUCAUGGCAUUGAACUCUACCGCCUUGCCUUUUCUGCAUAAAUAUUCUUAGAGCUAAUCCACAUCUCCCAGUUUCUAUGACCUCUAGUAGAAUCUAUAGAUUUUUUUUCCAAGAUCAGUUCAAACCCUUGGACCAGGUAAGAACAAAUGGACCUCUAGGGGCGGAGAACACAAGAGCAUUAUUCACUGUUCUUUCAGGUUAGACAUAGGCCUGAGUAUCUAGUACUGACAAUGGGACACCGUACAGUGAUGGUUCAGGCAAGUGAGUGGUGGUCUGCAGUAUGGGAAAUGCUUUCAGCCAGCAUCAUUAAGGACAAUAGGGCAUUUAGAACUUUUGUUUUUGUUGAGGCAGAGUCUCAUUUAGCACGGACUGGUCUUGAACUUGCUCUGCAAUCAAGGUGGUAUUUUUUAUCCAAUAAGCCAUCUCCCUGGCCUAAAAAACAUUCUUACUAGACAGACAAGUUUAUGCAAAACAGCAUACAAACACCAACGACACCUCAACUGUAUAAUCCAAAAGUCAAAGGUCCCUGGGGUUCUAUCUCCAUCUUGAGCUUGGAAGGCAUAGGUUUCAGAGGUUUUGGUCUUAUCCUCUCCUGGGGGACACUUGCAAAGUGGCUUUAUGAGACCUCCCCCACAAUUGUUUCCAUGGGUUUGCAGAACUUCCUUCUGGCCAAGCUACACGUUGUUGAGUUGUAGUAAGUUUCUCACUUUCGUAUAGUUUUACAGAAGCCUGAAAGAUACUUAAAGUGGCAUCUAGAACAACCAGAAUGUUCUUGGUGUCCUUAGCUGAUAAGAGACUCAUUGAUAGUGACAUUGUUCCACAAUGAAUGAGGUUUAUAAAUCUGUUCAACUGUCCCACCACUUAACAUACUUGGGCACAACCCAGAUAGCUCACGUGUGUUUUAAAGUUUGAUUUAGAUUAGCUAUGAGCAAUAGGACUAUCCAUGGUUCACAGCUUGCUGAUCUGGUCCAGUUACAGUGUGGAUUUCUUCUGAAUGUUAGGUAUGAGGUUAGGAGCAGUCCAGGAAGGACAUCAAGUGCUCCUCCAUCUGCCACAACCUGAGUCUGUUCACCUGUUUCAGUAACAAUGUUCUCUAUGUCUCUAGAGUGCAAAGGCACCGUGGUCAGUUGGGUAGCUCCUAGAAUCUUCUCUCAACAAGGCACAGCUGUUUUUAUAAGCGUCUCAGUCCAUGCUGGGAACUGAACUUGGGUCGUCUGCAAGAGCAGCACAUGCUUUUAAGUGCUGAGGCCGUAUCACCAGCCAGCCCUUUGAUGGUUAUUUUUGGUGGUAUACUUCAUUGAACUGAGAGUGUCUUAAGAGAGUGGUAAAUCAUACAUCUGGUGUGCCUGAGAAUGUUUCCAGGGAGCAUUAACCUGGGGAGGAAACUUCCCCUGCAUGUGGGUGGCUCCGUCUGAUAUGCUAGGGGCCCAGGUGAAAGAACGGAGAAAGAGGAAAAAGCCAGUUAGCACAACCACACUUCUGUUCUUUGGCUGUCAUGAUGUAAACCGCACAGCUUUGCCAUGCCCUCCCCACCCCACCACUUCUGAAAAACUGAACAAAAUCGAGCAUUCCUCCCUUUAAAUUGUUUAUGUCAGAUGUGCAGUCAUGGCGAUGAGAAAGCUAAAAUGGUCCCCUAGUACCUUCAGGGACUUGGAGCCGACUCUCCAGGUUGUUAUUUGUGACUGUGACAGCAGCAUCAACCGACCACUUCACAGGUGCACUUUUCCUGCUGUGGAGAAGUAGCAGCCUCGGGAAAUGCUAUUUCUCCUUUUAGAAUCUGGUCUUCGCCUGCCUUUCCCAGCACCAGUUUGCUUUGAUGUACUUGGUAUUUUGCUUCUGGAUGAUCUUUGCACUUGCUCUUGAGUCUGUUUAUCUGCAUUUGGUGAGUUGCUGUUUUCCUGGGUCAUCACCACUGCGAGACGAGGAGAGAGAGGAGCUCCCAGGGACGCCUUUGGAACAGACCAGGUCAUUUUUCUCCCUCCCCAGUAGAUAAUGGGAGGCAGGACCAGUGUUCAGUGGCCUCUCAUCCCGAUGCAUGGCAGCCCAAUCUGCCGUGCCAAAGUAUGCUUUGGAUUGAGUUGAUUUUUAGCCGGAGGCUGAGAAGCCGAAACAAGACAGGGCUCCCCGUGCCUUGACCUCAUCUGUUAAAAAGCAGGACGCGAGUUCACAAAGAGGGUGGUUCCUUCUCUACAGGGAAAGACAGGAUUGAAGUUCAUCACCAACCUGAGGGUACUCUCUAUCCUCAUCAGCCAGGGGACCCCAGAGGAACCCCCAAAUAACACUGGCAUCACCUUCCUACCGUUAGCACCAGCUUCUUCACGUGUCCUGGGGUAGACGACUUUUGUUUUAGCUUUUCUCUGGUUUAUUAUUCUCUGUUGAAGUUACUGUUCUAAGCCAGAUUGCUAAGCCACUGUGGGAAUUUCUUAUUCCCAUGCGCAUUUGAAAUACACAUGUUAAUAAGCUUCUGUUUGUUUUUCGCUUGCUAAUCUGUCUUUUAUUACAGAGGCCCCAGCCAAGAUUUUAUACAGAUAGAGGGAACAUUUUUCCCCCCUCCAUCAUACUACAUUGAAACUGCCAAUAUAUAAUGACCGAAUGAGCAGACUUUGGCCUUACUGUAUCUUUGGACUUAACUAAAUAGACAUGACUCAUGCAAGGAAUUAGUACAACGUCUCACUGUUGCGGAAUAUUUGUUUAGCUAUGCAAAGAUGUGUUGCAUUUGUUUAAAAUUAUGUAAAGAUGUGUUGCUUUUGUUUAUGUUGUGGAAUAUUUGUUUAACUAUGCAAAGAUGUGUUGCAUUUGUUUAAAAUUAUGUAAAGAUGUGUUGCUUUUGUUUAUGUUGUGGAAUAUUUAACUAUGUAAAGAUGUGUUGCAUUUGUUUAACUAUGUAAAGAUGUGUUGCUGUUUUACCUUGCCUGACUAAGGCACCUGAUUGAUCUAAUAAAAAGCUGAAUAGUCAAUAGUGGGGGAGGAGGUAUAGGCAGGACUUCUGGGCAGGGAGAGUAAGCAGGAAAAGGAAUUUAGGGUCAAGGGAGAAAGAAAAGGAGACAGCAGGGAGACGUCAGGGGCCAGCCAGCCAGAUAUGGAGGCAGCAGGAAAGUAGAACAAACAGAAUGAAAGAAAGGUAAAAAGCCCUGGGGCAAAAUGUAGAUGAAUAGAAACAAGUUAAAUUAAGUUAAAAAAGCUAGUGGGACAAGCCUAAGCUAAGUCUGAGCAUUCGUAAUUAAUAAGUCUCCAUGUCUUUAUUUGGGAGCUGGUUGGCGGCUCAAAGAGAAUUCCAACUACAUCUGACAGUGCAGCAUAGUCAGACCCAGAGCUGUGGAGCAAAGUGUAGCUAUCACUAAGUAAGAUGGGAGGUGGAGGGCCAGAACUGCGCCUUGAUUGACUUCUAUUUUCCAACUCACGCUAGUUAGUGGUUGUGAUGUUGCUAAGGACACUAGGCAGCUAGAAUGUGCUGGUUCCAAAGAGUUACAAAGUCACACCGUCCUUUAGACUGUAAGCUUUAAAACAUUGAGAUAUGAAUGGGUAAGAUUUUGCCAAUUUAAUAAAACGAUACUAAAUUUA